AUGGUUAAGCUAAGUUGUUAUCAGUCUGAGCUGCAGGUAUUGGUGUUUGUUUGUGAGAUGAAGUUGAAAUGUCAGGGCCAAGAAGUACUAAGAGUGUGUAUGGAUGGUGAUGUUAGUUGUGAUUCUGGUGGAACAGCAGAUUCAGUUGUGCUGGUGGAUUUGACUGAGUAUAAUGAUGGUUCUAGUGUUGCAGUUAUAAGACUAGUGGUGAUGUCGCUGAAUGAAUUAUUGUUGUGGAUUACAAUGAGGAAGAAAAGGUGUAUGAAGUGGACAGGGGAAUUGGAGUUAGUAAUGGAACUGAGUUUGAGUCAGUUUGGGAUAGUUCGCAUACAACCUUAUAUAUUAGCUCAGUACGCAGACAUUUGUUGCCAUCACUGGAUCCUAAAGCAGUUCUCUAUGGAGAAAAAAGAAGAUGAAAAAGCAAAUAAGAUAACUUUUAGGAGCGUUCCAGAAUUUAGAGGGUUAUUGGCACAAGCUACUGAGCAUGGGUUUUCUGGAACUUCUUUGAAGAAAACUUCGUGGGGAAAUUUGUGCAAAUUCUUUUCUGAGAAGUAUGACUGCACUAUCACCCAAAAGAAAUUGAGAAACCACUGGGAUUACUUGCGCACCCAAUAUGUCACUUGGUCUCGUCUCUUAGCAAGAACCGGGCAUGGGUACAACGCGGAGACGAACACUUUUGAUUGGAGUGAAGAACAAUGGUCUGAAUUAGACAAGACAAUCAAAAACGCCAGUCAAUUCAAGAAUAAGGGACUGGAAGAUGCAGAGAAGUUGCAGAAUUUAUUUGAUGGGAAGUUCUCUACCGGAGUUAAUAGGGAUACGCCUAGAAGAAUGGAACCUCCUUGUUCAGCUGGAACUUCUACAACUAAUGGAUCUGAUUCCCGAACAAGUCUUGGAAAAGAACAAAAUCAUGAGGAUGAUAACGAGGUUGAUUCUAGUCUCAAUGAAAAGGGGAGUGGAAGGAAAAUAAAGAAGGAAAUGGACGAAGCCUCAAGUGAUUUAUUAACUGAAAAAGUUUGUUCUAUUGUCACAUCAAUGGAGGCUCAUCUUCAACAUAAAAAACUUUCUCUAGAAAAGGAUAACGCAACAGAAUUCAUGAAAGCUCUGGAUAAUCUACUUGAGGAUGAUUGCAUCACAAUGGAUGAGUAUUUGAGCAUUAGUCUAAAAGCUUCAUAGAUGCCUGGUUGGCAGAAAUUGUUUGUCAGUUUGAAAAGCGAUGAGCGUCGUGUUGCCUUUGCACACAAAAUUUUAGAAGAACGUUGAAAUUCAUGAAUUAGGAAAUAGUCAGAGAUGUUAUGAGUUGCUAAA